AUGGGUGUUGCUUUAUGGUUCUGUCCGAGACCAAGCUCUCAGAUUCACGAUAAGUUGACUACAUUGAGCAGUUCCAUCAAUACGUUGUUCCCAGGACUGCCACCAAAGUUCGAGCCCCAUAUUACUAUAACUACUAAUAUCAGUAUCAACCUAGACGAUCCAGCCAAAACCAAGGAUGAUGUUGAUAAAAUCUUGUCGGCAAGUGCUGUGGCAUUGCAAUCUUUGCCUAAAAACCACACCAACCUUGUGACCAUAGGAAAUAUAAACAGCCAGAGGAAAUAUUUUCAAAAGUUGUAUUUUGAAGUGGUUAAGGACCCAAACUUGGUUUCCUUUGCUCAAAUAAUUAGAGAAAUCUUUGUUAUAUCCCCUGCUGAUAUCGAAGCGGAGAAUCAAAAACAAAACCCACAUUUGUACACCACUGACGGACAUGGAAACACGGUGAGGCGAAGACCCCUGAAGAAGCACAGUGGAGACUCAUCAAAAAGUACGACAAAGGAAUUUUCCACUGCUGAGAUCCAGAGAAGAGCAACCUACAAGGCUGCAGAAUGGGCAGAAAAAGAGUACGAUCCUCACAUAUCCUUAGUCUAUAGUAACAUUUGGCCCAUAGACAAUGCGUUGUGGUUAACUAUUAAAACAAGAAUUAGUGACUAUCUAGGCAUUGAAGAUGUCGAUGCGGGAAAUUUGCACAAUCAUGACUAUGGAUGGAAUAGCGGAGUUUUGAAAUUAGUUUUGUGUGAAGGUGAAGUCCAGGAUUGGAUUGUUUUAGGAAGCGUUGAUGUUUAG